AUGAAAAUAGAGUUGUCUCUUGUGGUGUAGAUAAAUUAAUAUUCAUAAUGGAACAAUAAGGAUAGAAUCAAGAUUGGAUUAUAAUAUAAAAAAUCACAGUUGAAUAAAUUGUGA